AUGCCUCUUCAGAUGUUCUUACCAAGUGCACAGAGGCACUCCCGAUGUUACUGACACACUAAAUAGCCCAGAAAGGGCCCCCCGGGGAUUCCUGGAGUAAGAGGACCAAAAGGGGAAAAAGGGGAGCUUGGCCGGCCGGGAAGAAAGGGUAGACCCGGCCCUCCAGGAGACCCCGGAAUGCCUGGGCCUGUUGGCUGGCCAGGCCCUGCCGGACCUCAGGGUGAAAAAGGUGAUCUGGGCUUGAUGGGAUUACCAGGUACAAGAGGACCUGUGGGCUCUCAGGGUUACCCUGGAACCAGAGGGGAAAAGGGCUCCAAAGGCGACCAGGGCAUCUUGGGUCCCAAAGGAGAAAAGGGUUUUCCAGGCCUUCCUGGGAUGCUGGGACAGAAAGGAGAAAUGGGCCCCAAGGGAGAGCCUGGCACAUCAGGACCCAGGGGACCUACGGGAAGACCAGGAAAACGAGGCAAGCAAGGACAAAAGGGUGACGCCGGAGUCACGGGUCCGCCUGGCCGCUCUGGACCUCCUGGCAAAUCCGGCCCCCCAGGAGCACCAGCUUCAGGACAAUCUAUAACUGGACCCAAAGGGGAAAGAGGACCUCCUGGACCUCCGGGGAGAUGUCUUUGUAAAUCCUCCAUGAAUAUGAAUAACCCAUCACAUGAAGACUAUGAGCAUGGACCCAACUACCCCAGAGUGCCUGUGAUUUUUGUGGUGAACAAUGGUGAGGAGCUGGAGCGUCUGAACACCCGAAACGCCAUCGCUUUUCGUAAAGACCAGAGGGCUCUCUAUUUCAAGGACAACGUUGGCUGGCUCCCCAUCCAGCUUACCCCUUUCUAUCCUGUGGAUUACCCUGUAGACGAUGGCCACUCUUGUGGAGAUGGGAUCCUACAGCCUGGAGAGGAAUGUGAUGAUGGCAACAACAUGGUGGCUGAUGACUGCAUAAGAUGUCAUCGAGCAUAUUGUGGAGAUGGUUAUCGACAUGAAGGUGUGGAAGACUGUGACGGAAGAGACUUUGGCUAUCUGACUUGUGAGACCUAUCUCCCUGGGUCCUAUGGGGAAUUGAGAUGUACUUCACACUGCUACAUUGACUCUACACCAUGUCGCUAUUUCACAUGAAGGGAUGCAGGGUGGGCGGUAUCCCCUGUGGAAUGGACAGCAGCUGCCAUGACACCAACUCAGACUGGCAUAGUCAUGCCAAAUCUCUGCAUGAAGAAAACAAAAACCAACCAUCUUGCUGCUGACGGCUAUUGGAGAUGUAUGCUUAAUUAGUUCUGACUGGAAGAAAAAUGGACCACUGUAUCCUUGUCUUAAUCCAAAACGUAGAUGGCAUCUCAUAGGCUCAUUCGUGGGAGCUGGUCUGCCACCCAACUGUAAAGGCAAAUUAACUGGAAAACAGCGACGAGUCUCCAUCUCUCAGAAAACUACGUGAUAAGACAAUGAUACCUCAGUUUAGUGCUAUCCAUACACAGACUUUUGGGGGUGUUGUUUGAAUUGAGUUUUGAUCUGCAGCUUUUGACUGUCUCUGGGUAUAUAGCCCAGCGUGGAGGUCACAACAACACUCUUCUCUCCUCUUCUGACUUUGAGCAGGGUCAGGACCACACAACAGUACAGACUUAGCAUCAGUGACAUGAAGUGCCAAAGAUGCCAGUCACUGACGCAGCGAUUCUCCCGCGCUGCUGUGGAAGGGACGCUUGGCCACUGGUCGGCCCCAGAAGGCUCUUGGAAUGUAGGAGAACUGCAGAGGGCACGCAGCCAUCCCUCCCUGGGGAGAGGCUGGUUCAGCCCCAGCCUGAGCAGUCACUGUCUCCCUUAGACUUCCUAUAGAGAGCCAGCCUCAAAAAAGAGAUGAAAGGUCAGUUCUUAUUCUGACCCCUGUGAAAACAGAGGCUUACUGAGACCUUUCUGGACGAGCUAGAAAAACUCUCCUGAGGCUGGUGUCCCUUUUCUGGCAUUGACUUGAAGGGGGAGCCUGUGUCUGCGUCCCAGCCUUUCUUUUCUCUCUGUUGGUUCCAUUUCUCUGAGCUGAGCUUCAUGAUCCAGUCCUGGUGACCCCCCUCCCCACACACACACCAUUGUCUUGUAAAGUUCACAGAUGUGGUUUUCCUACCUGGGUGCAGUCUGUCAUCUUCUCUCAGUCCUUCGGGAAACCUGGUGUCCAAUCUGUAGGUUCUGCCACUGAAAAUGAUGUCUCUGUGUUUCUCAUCUUUCCUGAGUGAACUGUUUGUGACACCUCUCCAGGUGUAUGAACGUUUGUGUGUCUUACUGUCGUAUCUGCAGAUGAGAGCUCCUGAUUUCUCUCCAUGUGAGUCCAACAGGCCCAUGAAUCGUCUUGCAGUCAGUCUGUCUAGAGAGGUCUUUGUUCUGUCCUGUAAAGAAGGGUCAAAUGCGAUCUGAUAUCUGUCCCCACAGCAUUAACAAUAGCGAUGUCUCCGUUGACUGGAGCUACAGAUGGCUUAUUCUGUGCAGGAGGAUGAACGUUCUGCAUGUUUCAUGCAAAUCCAUCACAAAUAGGGCCAGGAAUAUGCCAUGCAGUGCACAUGUCUGUAGACUGCAUGCUGGUGCCAUUGGGAUCCUACUUUGUGACACGGACCCCAAAUGACGAUGUCAAAUGCAUGCAUUGCCGGGACUGGAAUCAGCAUGGCUAGACGGCUCGUCAGUGUCUCCCUGAAGACCGGACCCAGGCAGCAAAGUCCCUGACUCACCUCAAUGAACAAAACACUUUCCCCUUUCACCAGGUAGGGAGGAUUGCUGCCCACCCCUGAUGUGGGGAUUCCAGGGUGCGGAAGGAAUAAAGGCUGUUCGUUUACUCUCGUUGACUCGCUUUUGCUCAGUGGUUUAUAACCAGUUCAUUGUUGCUAUACACUGCUGAAGGGGUGGAGCAUAACAGUCUGGAUUUAAAUCUGUUUUAUUGACCUUCUGUGUUGGCCCAAGUCGGUUCCUAUUAUCUUAAAGGGGUGAUUUGAAAUUGUUUUUUAAGGAGAAAAAAAAAAAGGAUUUCAGUUCUUUUUAAUUUAGACAACAUAUAGCACUUUGGCAGGAAAUGGAGAUGGCCAGAGCAAAGAUUGCCCGGAGGUAGGGAGGAGGGAGCUAUAAGGAGCAAGUUAGGUAAUUUUGUGUCAGCCUGUCUGCCUCUCUGGGACUCAUUUUCUUCAUCAGUAAAGCGAUAGGGUGAACACGUUGACUUCGAAGCCCUUUGACACUACCUAUGACUGCUGUCCAAUCCUCGGCUGUGUGGGCAGCACGCAUUUUUUUUCAUAGUGAUGAAGACCAUCUUCUUAAAUGAUCACAGAGAAGACCUGCAUUCUCAGAAACUGUGGGCAGGUCUAUGGAGAUUUUUUUAAAUCAGGAUUUAAUGACACAUCUGUGUUUUUGCUGUCCUCUUGGACAGAGAUCCUUUAUGGGAGAUAUGGAUGGAUGGAAGCAUUCACACUGUAGAUCCAGCACGACUUCCUCCUGGACAACUGUCCUCUCUGUCUACUGCCCUGGGUUUUUGUGUCCCCGUAAAAUGGCUUCUGCCGCUGCUAACCACGUUGCAGCCAUGGGGGUCCUUAAGCACGUGCUUAUCACUGGAUGCUCAUCCCUGCGCAGGAAUGUCCCUGGAGAUGUUUUCUUGCCCCGCUGCUGGUUCUCCUUCCACAUCUCUGGAGCAAAGGAAUCCGGCCUCCUCUGGGAGGACACGUUUUUUGAGAGCUGACUCGUACAGUGUAUGACAUCCUGCCCGUUACAUGUGUGUUUCCCUAUUAGUCAUGUAAUCUUGUAAUACAUUGAAUGUAUCAACCAUAUAGAUUUUGGAACUGACCAUA